GCUUUCAAUGGCUCUCAGUUGCAUUUCCUGUUUAGUAUGUGCCUUUUUGCAGCCACACACACACUCACACACACAGUUCCUGUAAGGCAGGGCUCGCACUUCAGCUGUGCAUUGACGUUAUUUGAAUUCUUCUGCGGGCAUUACGGAGCCCUUUCUGCCUUUUGCACAGUCAGGACAGGGAGAGGGUGCGGAGGAGCAGAUGCAUUCGCUGCCGUGUGGUGUGCAUGCAAAAUGGGCACGGUGCAGGAGAACCGCAGCUGAUUUGCAGCGCAAAAUGAAAUGAAACUUUUGCAGAACUCCGGGGACGAGAUGAAAGGCAAGAAGAGAAACCCUGGGCUGAAAAUUCCUAAAGAAGCAUUCGAGCAACCACAGACAAGCUCCACGCCACCCAGAGAUCUAGACUCCAAAGCCUGCAUCUCUAUUGGCGAGGAGAACUUUGAGGUGAAAGCCGAUGACCUGGAGCCCAUCUCCGAGCUGGGACGAGGUGCGUACGGGGUGGUGGAGAAGAUGCGGCACAUGCCUAGCGGGCAGAUCAUGGCAGUGAAGCGCAUCCGAGCCACGGUGAACAGCCAAGAGCAGAAGAGGUUAUUGAUGGAUCUGGAUAUCUCCAUGAGGACGGUAGAUUGCCCCUUCACCGUCACUUUCUACGGGGCGCUUUUCCGAGAGGGAGACGUGUGGAUUUGCAUGGAGCUGAUGGAUACCUCACUGGACAAAUUCUACAAGCACGUCAUUGAUAAAGGCCUGACGAUUCCUGAGGACAUCUUAGGGAAAAUAGCCGUCUCUAUUGUAAAAGCACUAGAACAUCUACACAGUAAGCUCUCCGUGAUCCACAGAGAUGUAAAGCCCUCUAACGUGUUGAUCAAUACGCAGGGGCAGGUGAAAAUGUGCGAUUUUGGAAUUAGCGGUUACCUCGUUGACUCGGUUGCUAAAACCAUGGAUGCAGGAUGCAAACCCUACAUGGCUCCUGAAAGAAUUAACCCGGAGCUGAACCAGAAGGGGUACAGCGUCAAAUCGGAUAUCUGGAGCCUGGGAAUCACGAUGAUCGAGCUGGCCAUCCUGCGCUUUCCCUACGACUCCUGGGGGACGCCCUUCCAGCAGCUCAAGCAGGUGGUGGAGGAGCCGUCGCCACAGCUCCCGGCAGACAAGUUCUCAGCAGAGUUUGUCGAUUUUACCUCGCAAUGCUUGAAGAAGAAUUCCAAAGAACGGCCAACUUACCCAGAGCUUAUGCAACAUCCUUUCUUCACCCUGCACGAAUCCAAAGAGACAGACGUCGCCUCUUUUGUCAAGCUCAUCCUGGGAGACUGAGAACUGGACUUUAUAUGAAUUGCCCUUCUGUGGACUGGUGGGUGCAGGGGAGGGGCGCGUGGCAGGACUUGUCAUGGAAGCACCAACAGAAAGUCGCCGUGUUUUGUUUUGUUUUGUUUUUAUUCUGAGAAACCCCCGCCUCGCCGAAGUUUUUAAAAGGGUUCUUUGGUAUCCAUAGUGACAUAGAACGAGCUGGUUAGUGAAAUGAAUUUUAAUAAGGUUGGUAACCUUAAAACAAAAACAAAACAACAAAAAAAAAAAUUUAAGAGUGAUUUACAUAUUUAAUGACAGUCAAAAUCCCUCUUCCUAACUUCCUCCUCAUUCCCUUUUCCUUCCUUCUGAACCAGAAUUUGCUUUGUCAUGGUAAUAGGUGCUAUGGUAGUCAUGAAGUUGUAUGUAGAUUUAUAUUUUGUCCCUUCCAUUAUUUUAAUAUUUAUGUUAAGUGCUUGAUGGAAUAGAUUUCUGUUUUAUAUGAGGAUGAAUGUGUGGUGAUGAUGAUGAUGCUAAAUGAGGCCACAGCAAGCAAUAGUCCUAGGGCUUUGCUGGGGAAAAAAGAUGUCAAAGGAAAAGAGAAACAAGUGUCUGUGUUGUGGGUAAUAUUUAAUGUGCAUCCUUAAAAGAAUUUAUAGACAAGGAUUUCAGCUCAGCUCCUCGAGCUGCCUUCACAGGGUGCGAGGCAGCAUCGCUGCGCGGGAGGGAGCCCUGGCAUUCUGUGAGGUCACCUCUCCUCCUGAGGCCGUGCUCCAAGCCUGGGGCAGCCUGAUGCCCGCGGUGCUCUGCCAGUCCCAGGGAAAGCCCCUGCCCUACAUCCCGCCCCUUACCCUGCAGGACUGGGCAGGUGAUGAGGUCUGGCUUGGGAAGAUAUUGUUGGGUGAGUUUCUGGGAUAGGAGUCCCAGAGGGAAACGACUUGUCCGGGACGUUGCACAAAGACCAGGAGGAGCCUGGUCCCCACCUGCCCUUGUGCCUAGCAGCGUUGCAGUGUUGUCUGGGGCUCACCUGGGCUGGGGAUGUGCUGCUUUGGGCCUAAAAGGGCAUUCCUCUCACCUCCUCCAGAUAAGAAGGGCAAACAAUCUACAUAGCGGGACGUCUGAAAAAGCAGAGAUAGCUCAGCGCAAGGGUUUUCAGCACUGCCUCGACAGCAGUCUCCCUGUUUGCCUGCAGACUUUGGAAAUGCUCCCUUGGAGCCUGUGCUGGCACGUGAUUUGGGCCAUGUUCAACUCUGGUUAGGAUGCUGCAGGCAGCCGGGAGCACUGAGCUCUAGCAUGGGCUGCAGGUGUCCCCUCACCAGGGCAGCAGCUGGGAAAACCACACAGGGAAACCACAGCCCACCUGUCCCAGGAGCUUGUUGCUGUUGGCUGAGUCUGCAGAGAAAAGCCGCUAGCCAAGGGCAGGAGCGUGGAGGCUGUCUGGGUGGGAGGGGGAGGGGGAGGAUGGUGAGGCAACUCUGCUUUUAGGUAACAUGGUUACUUUCCAGAGGAGGGGGGGACCAUGCACUGCAAGUCAUUGCUGUGUCUGGAACGAGGCCCCUGGUGCCAGUUUGGGGCUAGUUUGACUGAGCCAGACCUGCACAGCUGCCUCACCGGGCUGUGAGUCCUUUGCCUUUGUCCGUGGCUCCUUCCCCCAACCCUGCAGGGUGCCUGUGUGCCUGGCUGCACUGCAGCCUGCGUGUGUGCCUCGUGCCCCUCUGCAUGCUUCCCCACCCCAGCCAUCAAUUCUGCACAGGCUCUCAGAGCCAAAUCCCAACUGGAAGCAUGACGUGUCCUGCAAGACGGUUGUGCAAGAUGUUAUUCAGCCUGGAAUCCAGCCCUUUCUCUCCUAGCUGAGUGGCUUCAGUCUCCACUGGCGUAGGCUGGGCUUCAGGACUAUCCUGAGCACCCACCUGGGAAGUGAUCCCUUGGAAAGGGCAGUAUUUAGAGCAGGGACCCCUGAAUGGCAGGGUAGUACCACUAGUGCUGGGGACACGCGUCUGCUUUGGAGAGGUGCACACAGACACCGCCAGUGCCUGGGCUGCCACUGCCACCAUCAUGGCUGUGGCUGGCACUGCCCACUGAGGUGGUUGCAAACCCUACAACAGUGCUGCUCUGCCCUGGGGCCAUGUCAUAGAAUAUCCCGACUUGGAAGGGACUCAUAAGGAUCAUCGAGCCCAGCUCCAUACCGAAGGAGAUAGGAGUGUGUUGCAUGUGGAGAUUCACCGAUCCUUGUGCUCCUCCACUGGAGCAGGGCGGGCAGGGUGCAAGUGAUUCCUUGCUGCGAAGAGCUCGUGGUUCGUGCAGGCUUUGGGGAGGAGGUUCCCCUUCCUCAGCCCCUGCUUCACGAGCCUGCUGGCCCCCGGUAACAAUAAGCUCCACAUUUCACUUUGCGUCGAGGAGAACCUUUCGGGUCACACUGUGUUGUGGGUGAAACACAAGGAUGUUUUACUUCGCUCUGUAAUUUUAAAAGGCCUCGCAUGGCUCAUAAUCUGCCCUCUCAUAUUCCGUGGUGUGUGUGUGUGUUUUCUCUCUCUCACUUUCUCAGAGUCACAGAGCUGUUUUGAUUGAUUGUCCUCAGCUGCAGCUUAAAGUCCGGCCAGCCAGUUUAUGGAGUUGGUUCCAGCAUCAAUUCUCGCUUUGAAAAACAUGACAUUUAAAACCACCCUUUGGUUUUCCUACAUAUGGAUCUGAUGCUUUUGUUAAAGAUUGUUUUUGCUACUUUUCUCCUGGAAUAUAAGUCUUGUUUGGACACCGCAUCCCCUUGACCUCACAGCACCUUUAUUUCAGUGCCAUUGUAAUUGACAGGUUGAAUUUAUGAGAUACUGUCAAAGUUCAGUAUUAAUAGCAGAUAUUAAUGUCACCAGCGUUUUCCAAUAGAAAAUUAAUGUCAGUGUUGUCUGCAGCUAGUAACCCUCUAAAAUGAUUCCUGCAUGCCUCAACAGUGCAUGCUGAGUGCUUUCUUUUAUGUCUUUUGCUCUUGCAGUGCUUGGGCUGUCUAAUCCCUUUGUUUUAAUGACAUUACAAUAGAGCAUGCAACAAAUCACUUCACUUCCUCCUGAUUCUCCAUGACUUUGUUCCUUUAACAGUCAUUUACGUCAGCCCAGACUAAGUGUGAAUCCGUAUGACCAGUGUGAGUAAAACCAGUGAUCUGUGUGAUUGCCACUGUGGAAGGUACUUAGAGGAGGAGAGGAAUGCAGAGGCUGCCUGUCUCUGCAUCACUCGUAGUGGACACAAGGCUUGGCCUGAUCCAGGGUGUUCUUAGAGAGAAGCCUGAGCUGGUGGCCUCGGAGCAAGGAGGAGAGCCAGGGACUCCUGCCUGUGAGGUUGGAAAAAAAAAUCGGACUCUUUUCUCUUCCAUUUGAUUGUAACCUCUGUGGAGAUGAAAAGGCUUUGGUCAGUACUCAGAAUCUUUUUCGGAUGUAACCUGAGCACAGGUUUGGCUGGGAGAGGCUUGAUUUGUGGGAUAUUAAGCGCUUCCCAGCAACCAUGCCCCAUGCCCUGGUGUUGAGGCUUGAAGCUGUUCUUCCAAAGGCUCUUUUGUUUUCAGACAGUGCAGAACUGUGGGCAGCACGCAGGGUGUUAGAUAGUCCCGAGUCAGGAUAUUUAAAUUGCAGAAGCAGCAGGUCUCAUGCCAUGGACCUAAAACAAACCCAAACACCCCAGGGAGUAAAGAGGAGUGAAAAGCUGCCCAGAGCUCAGCACCGAGCCAUGGCUUGGACCAGUAGUGUGAAUUAAUUCCAGCACAGUGAGACAUUUGCAAGGCAGGGCCUCUCUGCUCCUCUCUUCUCAGCCACAGCAGUGGUUAUCUGGCUGUGUGAGACAUACACAGCCCAUCCUCAUGGCAGGAAGAGAGAGACCACAGGGGCAUGAUGUUCAUCAUCUGUUUUUCUCCAACGUGCCAAAUUCCUUACAACUCCUGAUGUUCUUGCAACCUCCUCCAUGCUUGAGGUUUGGCCAUUUCUAGGGGUCUUGAACUGUGGCUGGCAGGAAGGCUUCUUUCUGGGUCCCCAAGAGCCCACUGUCCCUUAAUCUUGAUGGAGAAGUUGGAGGGCAUUUGCUGGUUACCAUUUUCAAAGGCCAGGUUCCUGCUGCUGUGAUGGGUGGGAACGUCCAUCUUCUCUGGAGAUUUUCCAGGUGUGCAAAAGUUCACACAGAUAGCUUCAUAUUGUAUUUCUGCAUUUUUUCCUGACUUCUCUUAGGUUUAGUGGCAGGGUAAGAGGCAUUUCUCACUUGUCAGAGAGGCGCGACUGCUGUUUCUGGAGGCACUUGGUGGAUCACUACUUAGACAUAGCACUUAAAAUAAUUCAGUGCAGUUGAGCUCGCUGUUCUUUGACUGGUGGGGAAGGAGGUGGUUGUGUGCCUGUUGGGUCAGUGUUAGUUGUACUUUGACUUGGUGGGAAGGGACUCCAGGGCCCUCAGCCAUGUGGCGGUGUGAUGCCUAGUUCCAAGGACAGAGAUACCCCCACACACAGCUUUAGACGGGAUUUCUCCAUGUUUGCAGACGUGAAGCAUGUACCUGCACAUUUCUCUUCUUUCCUAGACGUUUUGGAAGAGGAAAUCCCACUCGGCUAAUGCAGCGUUGCUUUAGUGGCUGGUCUGGUGUAGUUCAGACAAGGUUCCCACCAGCUCCCUUGUUUAAUAGGCCUCUUUUUUAUUAAAAACAAAACCCAAACUCCUCUGUCAGUAAAGCCAGCCAAGAUGCUCUUUUUUUUUCUCUCUCUUCCAUCUUGUUCCUCUUAGAGGAACUCUGGGAGCCAGUCUUGGUGCUUUCACUCUUUCACAUGCCAAAGAUUGCUACAUCCCUCUUAGUUACGCUCCUGCCAAACCAGAUCUUAUAGUCCUGCCUCAAGAAUCAUCCACUUCCCUGCUCCUUGGGGUUCCUUUUGUUGCUGUUGCUUUUUCAUUGAAUUUCCUCAUGUUUAUUGACAUGUCUAUUGUUGAGCUUCCUGGACACAUGCAGCUCUCUUUUUCAGAUACAGAGAAAGACAAAUAGUUGCCUUCGCUGGUCAGCCCCCGCUGUUGGGGAAAUACUGCUGGUGAUAUGAUUCUUGCAGGUGGGGAUGGCUCUCGUUUAGAGCUAGGGUCAUGGAGGGUGUAAACUGGCAUUGCUCCAUUGGCUUUGCUGGAAUAAGGCCAGUUUUGUCCAGCUGAGAAUCUGUCCUUAAUGUCUAAACAGUUAUUACAUACUAAUAAAGAUUAAUGAUUGUAAAUCCCCACAGAUUAUACGUAAAAUGGCAAGUUUUACUCAUUAAUCUUUAUUGCCAUAUUAUAGCUGUUUAUGUUAGAGGAGUUAUCUCUCUCUGUUCUGAACAUGCACUUAGGAGGAAGGGGCUGAGUGUGGGGGAGAUGGCGGGUGGACAUAACAGACCAGAUGUCCAUGUGUUUUACAGUCUGUGUCCUCUCCCCCAAGUUGCUUAUUUCCUUGAAAGCCUUUAACCAGCAGCAAAGGAUGUAUCACAGAGCUUUGUCUGCUUCUCUGGCCUCUGGCUGAGCUAUAAAAUCCAGAUUGUUUCUGGUGAGAAGGGAUCAGAUCUCCUAAUUAAUAUUUCAGCUCAGCCUUUACUGGAGCAGAUGGAUAAUAUGAAACUUGACGAGCGCUCUGGCAGGCCUGAGGUCUGCAGUGCGCUGAGAUUCACUGUCCUGGUCUGUGGCUGGAAGAGAUACUUCCUGGGCAGUAUGAAGCAAUGUUUCAGGCUGAAAGGAUGCAGCUCCUUCACGGAACCCCACACUAUAAAAGCAGUUGAUUUUGUUAUUAAGGAGGGCCAGAAAAAGCUCACUUGAAUCUCAGCUUUUAUGUUUGGAGAUGAGCAUAGACCCAGCUUGGAGGUGGUGGUGCCAGUGGUCUGCACUGUGUAAAUGAAAAGGAGUCUGAGGAGAGUGUCGUAAACUGCAAGGGUGGUUUUAAUGGCAUAAGGACAAACUGAGUGCUCUUUUGAGCAGCUGUUGUUUGUCCACUCUGCCAAGGAAGUUGACUGAGGAGAGCUCAGCAGACAGAGAGUAAUGGAUUUAGGUGAUGCAUUUUGUCACAUGUCCCAGAUGCCACUGCAAAAGAAACUGCCUGCAAAAGAAACGAAAUUUAAAACCCGAAAGAAAACCACAGGGAAGAACUGCAAGCGAGCUGGUGGUGGUGCCUGCUGUGGGGCCUCAUGCAUUGCUGCUUCCCCCAUUGAGCUUGUCAGUGAGCUUCAUUGGGCAUAAAUGAUGGGAAAGGCUUGGGAACUACCUCUGUAGCUGAGAAAGAAGAGGGUAGAUAGUUUAAGAAGUAAAUUAGAUAUUCCCAUCUUUUGGUUAGCUAUGUUUAUAACCUCCACAGGAACAAAGGGACCUGUGCUGCGGACAGUGCUGUUCCCCUGGGAAUGAUUGUGGCUGCGUGACAUGUGCUGCAUGGCCUGCUUUAGUACACUGCUGGGUGGCUAGCCAGCUCUUAGCCUCCACUGACCUCUUCCCUACAGUCACCAUUACAUUUUGCAUUUUACUGUCUGGGAUUUUACUAGCAGCCUUUUUUUUCAGGUGGUUGGGCAGAGGGGAGGCAAGGGAAAGGGGCCUUUGGGUGAGGAAGGUGCUGCCUGUGUGCUAUCCAGUGCCUGCCCGCAGGUAUCCAGCUGAGGUGAGAGCUUCCCUGAGCCGCUGGAAUACUCCCUGACAUGUGUUCUUGCUUCUCUGCCAUCCCAGGAAAAAUCCCUGCUGGAAGCGGAGCAGCCCCAUGGCUCGCCCUUGCCGGCAGCCAGCCUGCAGGCCGGGCAGAGUUUCCUUCCUCGAAAGGCUCUUGGGUUUCUCUAAACGAUGGGGCACCACUCCAGCGGCUGCGAGGUACCGCGGGGAUAAGCUGGGAAAUGCUUGGAAACGUCUUAAACGCGCUGGAAAUAGAGAUGGAAAUCUCGGAAGAUCAGACGGCUUUCGGCAAUUUCCAAAGCUGUGUGGUUUUAGCCAGACCUGAAAACCCUUCCUAGAAGUUUAUUUCGGGGUAUUUUGGUAUGUUACUUUCGCUUUUGGGCCCAGCUAAAUCCAGGAAGCUCGGAAUAGUGUAAUUUUAAAAUAGAGAAUAAACACACCCACCCCGAGUAUUGCUGAACAGAUCAGGAAGAUUCGUGUUUGGUUUCUUACAAAGGAAUAAUUCAGGCCAGCUCAGCGUUUAUCCUAAUUCAGUCUGGUUCUGCCCGAAAUUAUUACUCUUUUUGAGAAAAUAAGAGAUCAGACUAUAGUCUUUCCAUAAUGCCAUGACCCAGCAUGCGAGGGUCCGAAUCAGAUAAUGCCAGCAGGAAGCUGGAGACAAGUGCAGUGGGGAGAGGUGGCGAGCACUGAGAGCUGGAAGGAACAGGAUGGCCACAGGCACAUUCACAGCCUCCAAAAACAUAGGUAGAAGCAGAUCCUCCAGGUUUAUGCAUGAUGGAAGCAUCAGGGUCUGCCGUGUCACCUUUUUUUUUUGUCUGUUCCUCUUAUAAAGACCUUUCAGCCAUCUCAGAGUGUCCGGGAACAACAUGUGAGUCUCUGGUAUCUCUCAGCUCAACUGUGUGCUUCUUUUCAGGAAGGAUACUGGGAAGAGUGGGAAGGCACCUGGUGACUCCCAGUUAGAGAGCCAGAGUGAAGAGGUGUAUAUUAAGUGCCUUGCAGGAGCCAAAAAUGUGUGUUUAAAGAAUUACAGCCUGUGGUGUUGGCUGUUGGGACUGAAUUUAUCAUAUACAGGUGCAGCUGCAGAAUUCUCCAUCCACAUUUUGCCCGCAUUUAGUUGUGAGCCUUCCGUAAAUACAGAAUGAAUCUUUGAGUCAUAGAAUGGCUUAGGUUGGAAGGGACCUUAAAGAUCAUCUAGUUCAAACCCUCUGCUGUGGACAGGGCUGCCAAGCACCAGAUCAGGCUGCCCAGGAUCCCAAACAAUGGCCUGAGGCACCUCCAAGGAAAAUGUCUAAUAACAGCCCAUGCUGCUUGAUGGGCUUAAGUCAAGGUGGGGCUCUGCAGACAGAAAAAAGCCAUAGCAUCACCAAACCCAGAGUCUGGCUCCAAACAUUUCUCAUAUAAUCUGGGUGUGUGGUGAAUUUCCAGAGCUCUACCACCAUUUUGUGUUCUCCAUAGUCAUGAGUCGAGUGGCUUGUGUUUGGUGGUGGCUGUCACCAUGCCUGGGGCUGCUGGAAAUUGUCACGACAUCCACAACUGUUGGAAUUUGGCAUUUAUUUGUUAAUAGCAAAUGGGGAAGCUGCUAAAUGUAGCGUCUCGCAAACUGAGGAUAUGUUGGAGUAAAACUUGUCAUUUCUCUGUCUAAAAAUGUCCCAAGUCUUCAAUUUAUGGAAUGACGGUUUUAAUGGCAAAGAUCCAUGUUUGGCAUCAAAAUUCAUGAAAUUUGUAGAGUUUCUGCCUCAGUGUGUGAAAUCUACUGUCUUGAGAUGGUGGGAAGUCUGUAACGAGAAUAUUUUUAUGUAUUUUAAGUUAAAAAAAUGAAAAAGAACUGAGCUGAAUGGAAAAGCAACCGCUUCCCAGUGGUGUGCUGGUGUUGAAGAUGGCACAGCCAAAGUGGCUGUGUUCUGAGCACCUUAAAAAAGAGAAGACUUCCAACCUGCUGAAAUGCAAGUCAUUUUGUUUCAUUGGUUAUUUUCCUUCUUUUUUUCUUCUUUUUUUUUCUAGUAACGUCAUUUAUUUCAUAACUGUGAAAGUCUCAGCUUUUCCUUACAUGUGGAAGGCUGAUUAUUCUUUCUCAUGUUCUUCUUAUUUAUUAUUUAUCUCUUUCUGGUACUACCCAAGAUGUGCUGGAAGUAUCUCCCAGCCUGCCCUCGAGCUAUAUUGAAUCACUGUGGUAUCUGCUGACAGCUGGGAUAGCAAAUGUCAGUAGAUGGCUAAUUAUUAUUUUAAAUCAUGUUUAUAGCAGUUUAGAUUUUCUUUCAGUGACAUGGUUUGCUCUGGAAUUAGAGAUGAGGAUAAGUAAUCUUUUUUUUAAAAAAAUCGUAUUUUUCACUUCUUCUUUAAGCAUCUUGGAGUCUUCUGAAUAAACCUGCUCACCUUUGUGUGGUUUUAAUAGGAGAAGCACCGGCUGGGUUGUAAUGGUUCUUUCCAGAGGGGAUUGAGUAGCACCAGAGAUGGUUUUAGCUGCUAAAAUGCUUGGUGCUCCAACCCUGAGCGCACUGGAAUUCCAAGAAAAUUGUCCACCUGAAAAUUACAAACUGUUUUGUGAUGAGCUGGGUUAGUCCAAGCUUCCUGUCAGGUUCUUCUAUAUCAGGAGCCUGGAGUUCCCCAUCAGCCCUCAGGUCAGGGAUGCUCGGGGCUGCCAGGAAUGCACUGGAGGUGCUGAGGAAUGGAGCACCGAUGGGCAGCACUGGGGUAAAAUCCCAAACAUGAGACCUGUGGGAGGCCGGCAGGGAUCUCCCAGGCAUGGCCUUCUUGUUCUUUCCGCUCCCUUCCUCCACUUUGCAAAGGUACCUUGCUGCUCUGCUGCUUCCAAAGCUGCCCUGGCCGUGCUGAUAAGAAACGCUGUGAUGCAUCUGUUUUCCAACAGCUUGUGUUGGUUUUCUGGUUUGUUUUUUCUUCCCCCUAUGCAUAAGAAGUAUUGGGUAGCAGAAUGUGGAUUUCAUUAGAAGUUCAUAAAGCAGGGACCUCAGAAGGAUGUGGGUAUAAAUGCUUUUCAGGCAUCGGAGGUGAACUUUAAAUGGAGCUUUGGCCCUCAUUUGCUUUCUGCUUUUCAAAUACCAUUUAUGAGAAAGCGGAGCUGUCAAAGCCAUGCAUGAACUUUGCCUUCUUGUGAGUAACUUGUCUCCAAUUGUCAAAAUGCACAAGAAACUUGUCUCAAAGUAAAUCUGGUAGCUCCACAAAGCUGUGAGUGUGUGUGCCUUUGUGUGUGGCUGGGUGGGUGCUGGGUGCCAUUCCGCCAUUUCAGUGAUUUAAAAAACACAAUGCAGAGUGUUUUUAAAAAGAGCAAUUAAAACGUUUUAUUUCUUGGCAAAAGUACGUCAGACCACAUCUCCCAUCGUUCUUUUAAUUGCUUCGUGUUUGUUUGCGUUGCCUCAGUCUUUGCUGGCCUGUUUCCUCUGCAGCACAGCCCAGAGCCUCACACAGCCCCGCUGGCAGUGAAGGAGUGGGGGGAAUGGGAAAUAGGGUGUUAGGGGAAGGGCAGGGCCACGGAAUGGGAGUCAUUGUCACUUUUUAGCUUGUUGCGGUAGCUCUGUCCUCAUCAGAAUCAAAACUUCCCACAUCCUAACAUAAGGCCCCAGAUCUCAGCUUUGUGCAAGGAGAUGGAGAAAGGAAGUUUUGAGUCCCUGCACUUCUCACCCUGGCUUGGGCAGUCCUUCUGAACACUGCUGGAGGUUUAUUAACAGCAGCAUCACGCUGGGGGAAGGCACACACUGCAGAGUGCUUCAGUGGUCACCCGCUGCCAGCCCCUGAGACCUCGUGUCAGUGCAGUCUGAAACACUUAACCUGUGUUGUCUUCAUUCAUCUCAAAGCCGCUCCUCGUCCUGUGGAGGUGAUAAAUAGUAGGAAACUGACAGUAGGACCAUGUGCGUAACGCUAGAUAGGCUUUUAUUUAAUGUUGUUGUUUUAAGGAGAUGCUUUUAGGACCCGUGUUGUAUUGGAUUAAGGAUAUCGGUGGAACAGUUGAACUGGUAUUCCUUAACCGGACCCAGAUCCUUUCCCUCUGCCCUCUUCAUUUGGAAAAAAAAAAAAAAAAUUAGAUUGGGAGAAUAUAUUUCUCUUGAAAACAAACCCACGACCCUGUUGGUGGAAUACGUUGAUCUUUACUACGCUUCAGUUUUAUUUCUCAGGAUAUCCAAAGGUUUAUCACUGCUGCUCAGAGAAGGGGACAGUACACCUUUUUGAAACUUCAACCACUGUAACCCAUUUUCCAGAUGUGUGUGUGCGCGCGUGUGUGUUCAACUCAGCACUGUGUGUGCGUGUGUUCUGCUGAUUAUUGUGUGCAUCUAUGAAAUGCUUCAAACAACUGCCUGGAAGUCAAAACCAACCACCUCUUUCCAGUCAUGUUUGCCGUGACUUUUCAUAACCACACUUGAACUAGUGGUCUUGGAUUAAAUAUUCAAAGAGCAGGGCAUCUUUAUAGCAAUGGUAUGUCAGUCAAAUUAAGAAAAAUGUACACAGAAAUAAAUAAAUUAAAUUUAAAAAUGA